AUGUCCUACAUGUUUCCCUUCACUAAAACCAAAUACGCCCGUCAUCCAAAAACUUGUGAAGAAAGCUUCAACAUGUCGUUCUGCAUCUUCGCCACCCUUAUCAUCUCAAUUUCCGUCAUCGUGUCUUGCAUUCUGGUCCUUUUGUGCAUCAAGUUUGCUACUGAUCGCGAUGCUCGUCGCAGCAACCGUGUCGCUUCCAACGUUGAAGAUGCGGCCAAGGCAGCCUCUGCUGGCGGCGUCGUCUUCCCAGGCGACAUUGAAGCCUGCGUCAAGAAUGGGGAGCUUGCCGGGCUGACCAACGUCGCCACCUCGGAUGAAACUCUUUGA